AUGAAACUAUUGUUAAUGGGAAAGAAUGGCUCUGGAAAGACUUCAAUGCGUUCCAUAUUAUUUGCAAUGACAUCUCCGAUGGAGUGCAGAAAAUUAGCUCCGACAAUUGAUGUGGAAUACAUUCCGAUUAAAUUGAUGGAAAAUAUGAAGGUUAAUUUGUGGGAUUGUGGAGGACAGCAAAAUAUGAUGUUGAAUUAUUUCAAAAAUCGGAGAGAAUCGAUAUUUUCACAAGUGAAUGCACUUGUCUAUGUGUUUGAUGUUUCUACGGAUGGAGAUGAGGAAGUUUUGAGGGAUUUUCAUGAAAGUUUGCAAGCUCUUGGGGAAAAUUCAUCAAAUACAAAGGUAUUCUGUUUGCUGCAUAAGACUGAUGUGUUAAUUCCAAGUGAGAGAGAAAAGAUUUUACAAAGGAAGGAAAAGGAAAUUAUGGCUGUGGCUGAAUUGACUGAUUUGACUUGUUUUAGGACUUCAAUUUGGGAUGAGUCAUUGUAUAGAGCUUGGGGAUCAAUUCUCAAUACAUUGAUUCCUCAAAUUAAUGAAAUCAAAUCCAAACUCGAAGAAUUUGCAAAAAUUUGUGGAGCUGAAGAAGUUGUCCUAUUCGAAAGAUCUACCUUUCUCCUAAUUUCUCAAUGGUCCAAUGAGAAAGUCACCCAAGAUGAUCACAGAUUUGAAAAGAUUGCCAACAUUACCAAACAAUUCAAACUGAGCUGCUCCAAAGCUCAUUCCCAACUCUCAAGUAUGGAACUAGUGAAAAGUGAUUUUUCUGCAUUCUUUGAGGAAUUUACAAUGAAUACUUUUAUUAUGGUAAUUGUGAGUGCAGAAUCAAAAUUGGAGAGUGAAAUGGUCAAGAUGAAUAUCAGACUUGGAAGAAAAUUAUUCAACGAUUCAAAAUUACACAAUGUUUUGUAA